AUGAACGUUAUUGGGCCUCACUCAAUCGAAGCAAAAGACCACGAGGAGGAUUCUGAAGACGAGGACGUGGAGUGGGAGGAGCUUCAUGAAGACGAUGGUGAUGAAUCAACAGAUGAUGAUGAUGAUGAUUUUGAAAAUGAAGACGUGAUAGAGGAGGGGAACGACCGUGAAGACGAUGAUAGUGAUGGACUAACAGAUGAUGAUGGCCUUGAAAAUGAAGGAUAUGAGGAGGAGGAGGAGGAGUUUCUUGAAGACGAUAGUGAUGAAUCAACAGAUGAUAACAUUUAUGAAAGCGAAGAAAUUGAGGAGGAGGCGGAGGAGGAGGGAUUAUGUGAAGACGAUAGUGACGAAUCAACGGAAGAUGACGAUUUUGAAGAUGAAGACGAGUCGGAGAAGGAAGAUGACAAUAGUGAUUUAUCAACAGACGAUAGUGCUUAUGAAAAUGAAGAGGAGGACAGCGGGAGACGUCCAACGAAAAUACUGAAUUUUUCGGUAAAGGAUGCUAAACUUAUUAUGUUUAAAAGAUGA